CCGUCACAUAUUCUUCGGCACAGAUUUGAUAAACGAAGACACGUUUCAGUGCAUACAUUAAAACAAAGACCGUCGUCCAUGGAGAACUGUUGUCUGUAAGUCCCAGCAUAGACUAUCCAAGUGUAAGCAGGUCAUUUAAAAAAUAAAAGAUUGUACCAUCCCAUUCGUUGGUCUAACACUAUCGACACUUAAAGAGAUCUCACACAAAACUUGUUUGAUUUAAACAUCUUUCUGCGACUGAAGGAAGAAUGAUUGUUGCGUCAAGUUCCUACAGUAAAAAAAAAAUUGCUAUAGGUGCAGUUAUUUUAUGCGUUGGGAUCGUAGCCCUAGGUCUUGGAUUUGGAUUGGGCCUCCGGUCAGCAGAAGAUAACACUCUGAGCAGACAAGAGCGGGCUGAAGAUAUACUCUCUAGAGUUCCUCUUGUUGACGGUCACAAUGAUCUGGCCUAUCAGUACCGUAAAACGAAGAAUAACUCGGUCAAUACGGUAGAUCUGUACACCUGGUCAGACAUUCAUUCAAGUGUACCGAAACUUCGCCAAGGGAAAUUAGGAGCUCAGUUCUGGGCAGCUUACACAGACUGCAACACUCAGUACAAGGAUGCUGUCCGGAUCUCCAUGGAGCAAGUGGAUACGAUCAAGCGAUUCGUUGCUCGAUACCCGGAGGUCUUUCAGUUUGUGACCACGGCACAAGGAAUACUGGAUGCCUUUUCUGCAGGUAAAAUUGGAAGUCUGAUCGGCCUAGAAGGUGGUCACUCCAUAGACAGCAGUUUGGGCAAUCUUCGGAUCUUCUAUGAGCUUGGUGUGCGUUAUAUGACCUUGACACACAGUUGUAACACGCCUUGGGCAGACAACUGGAAAGCAGACAACAAUAACACAUAUCAGUUUGACGGACUUACACAGUUUGGCGAGAGUGUCGUCAAGGAAAUGAAUCGAUUGGGCAUGCUGGUAGAUUUGUCCCACGUGAGUGUCAAGACAAUGGAAGACGCUCUGGCUAUCACCAAGGCCCCGGUCAUCUUCAGUCACUCAGGGGCGUAUGCGAAGUGUGCGCAUAAUCGAAAUGUUAGGGACGAGAUACUGCCACUGGUGAAAAACAACAGUGGAGUGAUCAUGGUCGUCUUUUACAAUGAUUAUAUUAAUUGUUCUAAAACAGCCUCAAUGGAACAGGUGGCAGAUCAUAUUGAUCAUAUAAAGAACAUGAUUGGCCCAGACCACGUAGGAAUAGGAUCAGAUUUUGACGGUAUUGAAAGAGCGCCAGUUGGGCUGGAAGAUGUCUCGAAGUUCCCGAAUCUCUUCGCUGAGCUCCUGAGACGUGGGUGGUCCACUGAAGACUUGGAGAAACUAGCUGGCUACAACUUGAUUCGAGUUUUUAAAGAAGUGGAGAAGGUCAAGGUCAUGCUCGCCAAAGAAGAAAUACAGGAAGAACAGAUACCUUACAGAGAUCUAGUCGAUACAACGUGUCGAAGUGACUUUUGAUAGGUAGCACACCGUGUAGGGAAUGGGAAUAGUCAAGUAGCAAACAAUUUUAAGCGUUUGGAUAGUCACGUGCCAAACCGUGUAGAGUGUUGAUAGUCAGGUAGCACACCACAUAGGGAGAGCUGAUAGUCAGGUAGCAAACCGUGUGGUCAGAGUUGAUAGCCAGAUAGCAGUGUAGAAACAGAUAGUUGCCAGGCUUUGUGAUUCCCGAGCAGCACACAAUGGCUGCAUUGCUAAUCUUAGAGGUAGCACAUAGUCUAGUAGAGGGACAUUGGGUGCUCCUUGGAUAUUUCAAAACGUAGAGUUAGUCACGGUAGUCUGCUCUUUGUUCUCUCUUUUUUAUUUCAAUAUUCAAUAUUCUUUAAGCAAUAAAAUACAGUUAAGAGAGAAAAAGGGGAAAGCGAUAAGAAGCAAUGUGGUGUUGAUAUAAGGGAUACCCUAAGAAAAACGUGAGAAAAUGAAAGAAAGAUUGUAAGAGAUUUGAAACUAGACAAACUAAACGACAUCUAGGACUCCAUAGUGAAAGCUCACUGUUGCCAAGUAAAGGAUAAAACAGUUUGGUUCUACAGUGCUGAAAAAGGCACAGACAUUAUGAUAUGGUUUGUUACAAGACUUUGGCUACCCAAACUUUCGUAUUCUGCACACCGGACACGCCAAAGAGCUUGCUAUUAAUGGAUUCCUCUCCAUGGAUGAAAAUCGCCUACAUUUCCAUGUCAUCUUUUUUGUUCGCUGUAUUGACAUAGAAUACAAUAUCCAUUUGAUGUCCAAACAUUUUUUAUAUAUGCAAAAACAUGAUUAAGCUAUGUUAGUUUCAAUGUAUUUUAGAUCUGUAUCUUUUCACCUAGAUAGUAUUUUAAUGUUUGAUCAAAUUGUCAUGUACACAAGUUUUUAUGUAAAAGAAAUUGAAAGGCUUUAUUGCUUUUGUCAUGAAA